GUGUACAUAGCUUUUGUCUUGAAAGUUUCGUCAUGUUGCCUCGACAUUUACGCUCCUUGUCAGCCCUUCGCCAUAGUAUUCGACCUGGCGGCCACAAGGCUGCCAUAGCAACUGCGACACAAGCCAGUAUACUACGACCACGACAUGCGCCACCAAGAUCGCUUGGCAGCAUGAUUGCUUUAACGACCUCACACUACAACCCUGUACCGCUCUUAUGCAGACGAUUUCUUGCCACCGCUCCGUCUAGCAGCACCAAUAACAGCAACUAUCGAACUAUGGCAUUUUACAAGUUCCAUGACCUUAAAAGCGACGAUUUGCUUGCAUUUCGCCAACAACUGCUGGACGAUUUAGGUCACUGGGGCAUUGUCGGACGUAUCUACAUUUCAACUGAAGGCAUCAAUGCCCAACUGUCUUGCCCUGAAUCGCAUAUUCACAAGCUGCGCCGUUACUGUCAAGAGACACUCAAGCCGACCGUGGGUGAACUUAUGGAUUUGAAUAUCGGCACAGAGCCUGAAGCAGGUGAACGAGCGUUCCGUGCGCUCCAUGUACGCAUCCGCAAGCAGUUGGUGGCCGAUGGAUUGGAUCCAGCUUCGUAUGAUCUUACCAACCGACCUUCCCACUUGUCCCCCGCUCGAUGGCACGAGAAAUUGACUAACUAUAAACAGAAGCAUGGCAAGGAUCCCAUCUUGAUUGAUAUGAGAAAUCAUUAUGAAAGUGAAAUUGGUUAUUUUGAAGGUGCUAUUCGACCCAAUGUCGACACAUUCCGUGGCAGUAUCGACGCCAUGAACGAAAUCUGUAAAAGCGUGCCACGCGAUCAAGAGAUCUUCAUGUAUUGCACUGGCGGUAUUCGAUGCACCAAAGCCGGCGCUAUCUUACAAUCCGCAUUCGGAUUUAAGACUGUACAUCUUGUUGAAGGCGGCAUCACAUCCUAUGGGCGUUGGAUCCGUGACCAAAAGGAGGAGAAACCGUCGCUGUUCCGCGGCAAAAACUUUACUUUUGACAAAAGAUUAGGCGAAGAUAUCACAGAGGAAAAGUUGGGCAAAUGUCACAUUUGUGGACAACACUGCAGUCGAUACCAAAACUGCUCACAUGCAUCGUGCAAUUUGCUUAUGCUCUGUUGCUCGAAUUGUGCAUCACAGUUCUUGAACACAUGUGGUCGUUUCGAGUGUUAUGAUACGGUGCAUGAUUUUAAGCAACAGACGUCCGGUGAUAAUUACUUCAAGCCGGAUGGGCCUGUCCUGAUUGAUGGGGUGCGAGCCUAUGUCAAGCAAGGUGAGCAAGGUGAAAGUCGAGUGGUUAUUGGCAAAUCAGGAGUCAAGUGUGAACAUCAGUACCAUCGACGUAUUCGAGCAAAUGAAGUGCUUGGUGAACCAGGAAAUAUACUGAAGGAAUGGGCAAAGGCAGGUAGAGAUCUACCGCCUGUCGAAUCCGCUACUGGUGCUAGUACUUCAAGUACAAAAUAGACCUCAUCCCACACCUCCAUAGAUAAACACGCAUACACAUACACUGUCUCAUGUAAUAUAGUAAAAUUGUACAAUAAAUGUAAAACUUUCCGUAUGUCUUUAUUAUUUAGAUAACUCUAAGAAAAACAAAUAGGUAUGGUAUACAUCAUCUAGCAGCACGGAG